ACGACCUUCCUGCGCUAACGAGUACUUUAUAGUAUUGUUGAGUCGACAAAUCUUGAAUGGUCGCCAACUACAUUCUUCCAGAUAUUUCUCAAAUAUUCACGACUUUUGCUUUCUCACUAUAUAAACCCGACAAAAUUCCAACCUCGCCAAUUCAUAGAAAACUACUACGAAGUAAAUUUCGAAGAAAAGCAAGCAGUGAGAAGCUUUUAACGCUAAAUUUAUAGCAGACGAAUUUUUACCUAUAGACUAUAGAAGCAGACGAAUAGAAUUUUGUAUAAAAAUAUUGAAGAAAGAAGAAAAGAAAAAAUGGUUGGAAAAGCGAUUGGAAUUGAUUUAGGAACAACUUAUUCCUGUGUCGGAGUGUUUCAACAUGGAAAAGUCGAGAUUAUCGCCAACGAUCAAGGCAACAGAACGACACCAAGUUACGUUGCGUUUACAGACUCUGAACGUUUGAUCGGAGACGCAGCUAAAAAUCAAGUUGCCUUGAAUCCACACAAUACAAUUUUUGAUGCGAAACGUUUGAUCGGAAGGAAGUUUACAGAUGAUACGGUGCAGAAGGACAUGAAACAUUGGCCGUUUACGGUCAUCAACGAUGGCGAAAAACCAAAGUUCCAGGUCGAGUACAAAAAUGAGAAGAAAGUGUUUCCUCCAGAGGAAAUCAGCUCCAUGGUUUUGACAAAAAUGAAGGAAACAGCCGAAGCUUACCUUGGCGAGAAAAUCACUAACGCAGUUAUUACCGUUCCGGCCUACUUCAACGAUUCACAAAGAUUAGCGACCAAAGAUGCUGGUACGAUCGCCGGAUUAAAUGUGUUGCGGAUCAUCAACGAACCGACAGCCGCAGCCCUGGCUUAUGGUUUGGACAAGAAUCUCUCUGGUGAGAAAAACGUUUUGAUUUUUGAUUUGGGAGGCGGAACAUUUGAUGUCUCUAUCCUGGCGAUUGACGAAGGGUCCCUGUUUGAAGUAAAAUCAACGGCUGGUGACACCCAUCUCGGAGGAGAAGAUUUCGACCAAAGAAUGGUGGAACAUUUUCUUCAAGAAUUCAAGAGAAAGUACAAGAAAGAUAUGUCCGGAAAUCCAAGAGCCAUCAGAAGAUUGAGAACGAGCUGCGAACGAGCAAAACGAACUCUGUCCAGCAGUGCCGAGGCCAGUAUCGAGAUCGAUUCCUUAUUCGAGGGAAUUGACUUCUACACCAAAAUCUCCCGAGCCAGAUUCGAAGACCUCUGUUCAGAUUUGUUCAGAAGUACGAUGGAUCCUGUCGAAAGAGCGCUGAAGGAUGCCAAGCUGGACAAGAAACAGAUCCACGAAGUUGUCCUGGUCGGAGGAUCCACCAGAAUCCCAAAGAUCCAGAAACUUCUUCAAGAUUUCAUGAAUGGUCGAGAGCUCAACAAAUCCAUCAACCCAGACGAAGCCGUCGCCUACGGAGCAGCCGUUCAAGCUGCCAUUUUGAGCGGAGACAAGAGCGAGGCCAUCAAAGAUGUUCUGUUGGUGGAUGUUGCUCCAUUGUCUCUUGGUAUUGAAACAGCAGGCGGGGUGAUGACCAAAUUGAUCGAGAGGAACACAAGGAUUCCGACCAAGGCUUCCAACAUAUUCACGACUUACUCCGACAACCAGCCAGGCGUCGGAAUCCAGGUGUACGAAGGAGAACGUGCUAUGACCAAAGACAACAAUUUGAUGGGCAGAUUUGAAUUAUCUGGAAUUCCACCAGCACCCAGAGGCGUUCCUCAAAUCGAGGUCACUUUCAAUAUCGACGCUAAUGGUAUUCUGAAUGUGUCAGCCGAAGACAAGAGUACCGGAAAAUCUAAUCAGAUCACCAUAACGAACCAUAGAGGGCGUUUAAGUCAAGCUGAAAUAGAUCGUCUGGUGAAAGAAGCAGAACAAUAUAAAGACGAAGACAACAAACAGCGGGAAAAGAUGACGGCCAGAAACCAACUUGAAGCUUACGUGUACAGCGUGAAACAGACCGUCGGGGACGCAGGUGAUAAACUAAAUUCUCAAGAUAAAGAAACGGCCUCUAAAGCUUGUGAAGAGACUCUCCAAUGGUUGGAAGGUAAUGCCUUAGCCGAUAAGGACGAGUAUGAUUACAAGAUGCAAGAACUACAGAAGGUGUGUUCACCCAUAAUGACCAAAAUUCACCAAACCGGAAGUGGUGGUGGACAGCAACAACAAUCAGCAGGAGGACAUCCGGGGAGUAAAUCUGGAGGACCAACUGUAGAGGAAGUUGAUUAGAUCAAUAGAUCUGAAUUGAACUGUGAUAGAUGUCUGGAAAUCAUCUGGGAUUAUGCCUAGGGACAUUUAAUUAAAGCAUUCAGACGUAGUCCCAUAUUACCCGGAACUGUAGAUCUGUUACAGCCCUCAGAUCCAUUGAAUCGAAUCAUACAUAUCAAUAAUUUGGAAAGUUAACAUGGACUGUCCGAAAUAUACCCAGUCAUUAAAGGGUUUAGAUCAAAUUCAACAAGAUAAAUAGAACUUGUGAAAAGACUGUGAUAGAUUGGAGAUACUAUCAAAUAGUAUAACAUUGUGCCAAAAUUCAAUGAUUAAAGUGAACUUGAAAUAUUGAGUGAUAAAUUUAUGUAAGAUCUGUUGAACUCUUUUUACAAUUCACAUUUGUAAAUAAUUCACUUUCAAUUUUGUAAAUAUUUCAUAAAGACUUUGUAAAUAUUGGGAUACUGAGACCUGUAAGAAUAUUUGAGAAAUGUUUGACAAAUUACCAGUGUUUCUUGGUAUUACUUGAAAUUGUUUUCAUUUGUACAAUAUUGUUGAUUUGUUACAAAAUAAAAAGUAAAAAUAAAAUUUGUAGUUGUUGUUUG